ACCGCAUCUCGUGAGCGAUAAUUACAAACAAAAACUUUACUGAUUCAAUCAGUUCGCUGAAGUUGUUCGAGUUGAAGAGUUGCGGUUGAUCGCUAAAGCCAAAAUAAUGACAGAGAAAGUGGAUCAGCCACGGAACAAUCUAGCGUCGUACGUGGGCUCGUGGAUCCCAGCAAUCCGGGACUACAUCGAGCACAAGGAGGACGGAUUUUAUUGCAGGAUCGAAAGCUUCGAUUGCAAGUACGUGCAGAAGCUGCUGCGGCCGUCCAACUUUGUUCGCCACUUCCGGAACGAGCAUACGACGGCCAGCAUCGAGAAGGGCUUCUUCCGGAAGUGUUACAAAAAAGCACGCCCAGCACAGCCUGAUUCUCCAGCGUCUGCCCCAUCUCUCCACCAACGACGACUCGUCGCGGAAAGGGCGAAGGACUUUGUCGUAAGGCGGGAGGGCAGCUUUCUCUGCAACAUCGACCCCUCGUCGGAAUGCCCGUACCGGCAGACACAAUUCCGAAAGCACAUAUUCCUGCACCACUUGGUUACGCGACACCCGCUAAAAGCCCGCGAGCAUGGAAUGUCCGAGGUCAAUCGGCGACAUGCGAAGCCUGGGCAAAAACGCCCACUGGAAGCUAAGACACCCGUAGACGCCGGGUCUGGGAUCGAUGCCACGGUGCGGAAGCACAUCCAGCUCAACGGGCAAAAGCACCAGUGCCGGAUCAGCGCCGAGUUUUGCUUUUACUUUCAGACGCAGUUCAAUUCGCACAACUUUUAUCGACACUUUUACACGGUUCACCCGCAAGAAGCGGCUGAACACGGGAUCUCGCGUGAGGAUUAUUUAACCCUCGUGAAUGGUCCACCGCAGCAGCAGCAGCAGGUUGUGAUGCAAAGCGAUUCGUCGACUGAGGAUCUUGCAGAAAGGGCAACGGAGCAGUCUGGCGCGACAGUGGAAUCUGUCGAUCAGCAUGUGGAAGCUUCUGAUAGUGAGUCUGGAGACAACAGCAUACACCAGGUCAAACAAGAAGUGUAUCAACGAAUGAUGUAUGCGAGAAAAGUUAAGGAUUUGGUGACGGAAUGCAUCCGAAAGGAAGGAGACAUCACCUGUUGUGCCAUCGACGAUGGCAAGAACUGCCACUUCUACCAAGUUCAGGUUCAUUAUGACAACUUCUUCCGACACAUUUGUCGGGUGCAUACGGAAGAGGCCAGACGAAGAGGGUUCUUCACACCAACAAUUCAGAGUACACAAAAACGCGUUUCCAAGGCCAAGGAAGCGUCCAGUAAGACCAAAAAAGUAAAGCAAAUGGGGAGACUCAGUGACAUGGUCAACGAAUGUGUCCGACAUGAAGGCAGCUUCACCUACUGCCAGAUCGACAAACACUCCCAAUGUAAGUUCAGACAGACGAUAUAUAACCCAUCGAACUUUAGCCGUCACUUCCGGCUGAAGCAUCCAAACGUUGCAGACGAGAAGGGAUUCUUCAAACUGCGUCCCCAUAUCAAGACUGAAAAAAGGAAGGGCAAACUCUGCGACAUGGUCGAGGAGUGCGGCCGCCAUGACGGCAAUACAAAGCGGCAACCAGUCAUUGUCGAUCCCCACAAACUGGAACUAGCUGAGAAAGUUCCGAACUUUACCGUACGGCGAAAGGCAAGUUCAGGCCGGACAAGAUACCUGUGCAACAUUCAGCCGCCGUCGGGAUGUGCGUACUACGAACCGUUGCUUCACAUCGGUAACAGAUACCGUUUCGUGAACCAUUUCAUCCGGAAACAUGCGGACGCAGCUUUGGCACAUGGGUUCGAAGAAGCUGAGCAAUCAACCGGUGUUCUUGAUGGUCCAGCUACAAUCCCCUCUCCCACAAAACGCAACUCGGUUCGCGCCUUGGUGGACAAGUUCGUCACGAAAGAGGGCGUUGGCGCGAGAUGCCACAUCCGGCCCGAGUCGGGCUGCAUCUACUCCCAGAAGGUGUACAUUCCGUUUAAUUUCGCUAGACACUUUUACAAGAAGCACCCGAGCGCAUUUGAAGAGCACGGAUUUUCGUUCCAUGAGUCGAUGCUGGGGAAAUCCGACAACACAAGGAACGAAUCUGAAAACGCCGUCGCGGCGCCACCGCCGCCGCCGCUCGAGGCAAGUGUCGUCGUAAAAGAGGAAUUGGACAUUUUCGAUUCACUUCCGGUAGCUUCGAUCAAGCAAGAGGUCGAUCCUCUAUCCGAGGUGGAUCAGCGCGGCGAAGCUGCGAACGAAGGGAUUGGCAUUGCGCAAGAGGACGAUGGUGUCGAGAACGAUUCGGUCAGCAAUGUUGACUACGAGACAACCGCAUCAGAGUCUGGUUCUUAUGGGAAUCAUAGCGGCAGUAUCCUUGAAUUUAUCCGGAAAGAGGGGCGUGCUUUCCACUGUGCGAUAGAAAACGGACGCGAUUGCGAUUACCAACAGACGCGCCUAAUAAAGGGCAGCUUUGAGCGACAUUUUCGCAGCGCCCAUCGUGAAGCGUCUCUUAGGCAUGGUUUCUUCCAAGAGCAAGAAGCGGAAGCUUUUCGUAGGCAAUCUUCUUCCAACAGCAAUCCGAAAAGUACCACCGAGUUGGUUGAAGAGUGCGUUCGCGAGGAACAGAACGUGACCUACUGCCAGAUCAACCGCGAGUCCGACUGUACGUACAGUCAGCAAAACUUCAACGCGCACAACUUUGCGCGCCACUUCCGUAAGGUGCAUCCGGAUGAGGCCGAAGAGCGCGGGUUCUUCGAAGCGUUCGCCAGAUGUCAGGACAAAACCGAAGCAGCUUGCGGGGGUCGUAGAUCGGCGCAGCACAGUCACCGAGAUAUGGUGUUUAAAAAUACCGAGGUGAACGACGAAGGAGUGCACUGCCGGAUUGCCGGAUAUUGUCCGUACGUGCAAAAGAAGUUUUUACCGAGUAAUUUUGAGCGACACUUUCGGCGCAAGCAUCCCAAGGAAUCGGUUGAGAAGGGUUUCCACAAGGUGCACGAUGAGGUGCUGACACAGAUCGAGAAGAGAAUGCGAGCAGAGAAAUUUGAAAAACUGUGGAAGGAAUGUGUCGCGAAAGAUGAAAAUGGCGCGUACUGUCGGCUGGUUGCGGGCUGCACGUUCUUCCAGCGGAGCUUUUCCAAGCAAAAGUUCAGACUGCAUUUCUUUCAAAAGCACAACGAAGAAGCAACACGGAAGGGAUUUACCGAAGAUCAUGGGCGAGGUGGGAUCGCCAGUGAGAAGGGUCUCACGCAUGAUCAAACGGAAACCAGGAGGAACAAACCAUUGGGUCCAUUCGGUAAUUCGACGUUUCAAAGAAUGGUGUUCGAAUGCACUGCUACGGAUGAGAUUGGAACGCAUUGUCGGAUCAACGCUAGCGAAAACUGUCCUUUCAGCCAGAAUACGUUCAAUUUAAUGGACUAUCUGCGUCAUUUCCGUACAGUACACCCAGAAGAAGCGAGGGCCAAGCGGUUCUUCAGAACAGCCGAAGAAUUCAAACCCCGACAUUUCGUACUGAGCUCGCAAAUUAUGCAGCACGUCAUCAAAACGGAACAAAAGCUGCGAUGCGGAAUCAACCCGUCGAAACCGUGCGAUUUUGUGAUGGAGAAAUUUUCGUCGCGAGAUUUCCUACGACACUUUUGCAAAUACCACCCAGAUGAGGCGGAAGAAAACGAAUUUUUGGUUGAAGUCACUCGUUCUCCGACGAUGGAAGUCGAUGGCGGAUCGGAGGAAGAGUCGGCUGAUGAGCCGUACGUUGCGUACGAGAAUCCCUUAGAACAGGAAGAUGUCGAGCAACAAAUAGACAUUCCCCACGAAGACCCCUCGACCUACUGUCGACUGUGCUUCUCCGUUGUCCUGCCACUGACACCGGUCUUUACCUUGAGCGACCUUGACGACAGAACCCUGGCGGAGCAGAUCGCGACCUGUGCGGGCAUCGAUCUAAACGUCACAGCGGAACCGUUUGCCUCGAUCUGCAGCGAGUGCGUCCAAAAGCUCGACGACAUUCAACACUUCCGUCAGCGGUGCCGCACGCUGGACAAUGCGGUCCGGGGGAAGUUGUUGCCUAGCUAUGCGCCGCAGAACGAUUCCGUGAAAGACCCAAGCGAGAUCGAAAUCAAAGACGAACUACCCUCAGAUACGGACGAAGGUGAAGAUCAAACUCCACCGGAAAUUACCGUAGACCCAAGCAAUGACCAUUCCGCGCCGGAGGAUUCGGCAAAUCACACGUUCCCGUGUUGCGAGUGCGGCGUAAAAUUCAACUCAGCCCAAACCAUGAUACAACACUACAAGGAAAAGCACACCGCCGCCAAGCCUCCUGUGAUCGUUCGAAAGCACUUCAAGUGCACCGACUGCGACACGGUACUGCCACACAGGUCUGGACUCAGCGUGCACCGUAAACGAUACCACAAUCCCGACGCACCACAGAAGCAGAAAGUUUACUGUACCAUGCCAAAUUGUCCGCAAUUUUUUAUGGGCAUGCUACUGUUCCGGCGGCAUCUUAAAACCUUCCACGGCCUUACCGAUCCGGCACAGCUGGCGCUGAUGUCGGUUUUGAAGCAGUCCUAGUGGGAUUUGGUCAGAUUUGAGCUCGUUUGAGAUGAAAAUAAAAUCCAAUAGGAAAGUCAUGUGUUUCCACUCAGAAAGAAACACUUGAACCAACCUUCUGGCUCACUCCUAGCGAGAUAAAUACCAAUGCAUCGAUUCCGUU